GCAUAUUACAUAAAAGCUGGUGUAGCUCCUCCUCUGUGCCUUUUGCAAGUUGCAAAGACAAUUGUUCCUUCUUUCGGAAACACUUACCCUUCCAGUGAGUUUCACAGACUGGGGAUUUCCGCGAUCCGUUACACGUCCUUGGGCAGGUACGUCGUAGCUCAUCAUACGAUCAUGACGGACCUCAAUUAUGGCCUUUUUACUUUUCUCCCGGCUGUCGCGGGUGUUGCAGCACAUCUAGGAUAUUUCAUCCAUGGCGAACAUCAUAUGCAAUCGCUCCAAUGGCUCUUGACCGCCAUCUUCUCCCCGCUGGUGCUCUUCCUCGCGCUCCUCAAGUUUGAUGUUGCGUCUUCAUAUGUGACGGCGCUGAAACUUACGGCGGUCAUCCUCACUUCGUUCUUUGCAUCUUUGACAGGAAGCAUCCUUGCCUAUCGCAUAUUUUUCCACCCGCUACGCCACUUCCCAGGACCGUUUGCAGCAAAAUGCUCAAAGUUGACCCAUGUGGCGAGAUUGCUGGAGAAGAGUGAUAAUUACCUGCAAGUGCACAUGUUACAUGAGAAGUAUGGGGAUAUUGUGAGAAUUGGUCCUAACGAACUGUCUAUCAUCAAACCGGAAGCUGUGAAAGCUAUGAUUGGGCCAGGAUCGAAAUGUACCAAGACUGCUUGGUAUGAUGUCGCGGGACUUCCCCAUACAACUAUGCAUUUAGAACGAGAUCGCGUAAAGCAUGAUAAGAGAAGAAAAGUUUGGGAUCGUGGAUUUAGUGCAAAGGCGCUGCGCAACUAUGAGGGUCGAGUCACGAGAUAUGCAGACGAAUUGGUUUCUCAGAUUGAUUCUUUCGGAGGAAAAGCGAUUAAUGCAACGCACUGGUUUAAGGCUUAUGCUUUUGAUGUUAUAGGAGAUUUGGCGUUUGGAAAAUCGUUUGACAUGUUGCAAACUGGAGAACAGCAUUUUGCACUCAAAAUUUUACAAGAAGGCAUGGAGCCGUUAGGAUUUCUCACGCCCGUUCCUUGGGUCUUUCCUAUCCUCAUUAAUAUCCCUGGUGCAAUGGAUGGUUUCAACAGGUUUAUUAGCUAUUGUGCUGAACAUAUUGAUAUUCGACGAGCAAAUGAGCCAAGUGUACCAGAUAUCAUGACGUGGCUAAUCGACGCCGAAGAGAAUGAUCCAGAUCCAAUCCAUAGAGACACCAGUUGGCUGCAUGGCGACUCCCGUCUCGCAAUUAUAGCCGGUAGCGAUACCACAUCCGCAACUCUCACCUAUCUCUUCUAUCACCUCUGUCUCGAACCCCAUCAUGUUACCAAACUGAGAGAAGAGCUCGAACCAAUCUUUACCCCGGGCUCCCCAAACGAAUGUAGAGAUAUACAAGAUGCGCCGUAUCUGAAUGCCGCUAUUAACGAGACGCUUCGCUUGCACCCUCCUGUUCCCAGUGGCUUGUUGAGACAAACUCCCGCAGAAGGUCUUACGAUUGAUGGGACUUAUAUCCCGGGUAAUGUAGUCAUGUCGGCUCCUUCUUGGACAAUGGGUCGUUUAGAAACUAGCUACCCUUCUCCUCACACCUUCCUCCCCACCCGCUGGUUCCCCUCCCCCCCCCACACACAGUACCUCCUGGAUAAAUCGGCAUUUACCCCUUUCAGCGCGGGAAACUACUCGUGUAUUGGGAAACAACUCGCGCUGAUGGAGUUGCGAGCGGUGAUUGCGCGGUUGGUGAUGGGGUUUGAUGUUGAGUUUGCGGAGGGCGAGAGGGGCGAGAAAUUGUUGGGCAGGGAAUUGGGUUUGGGUGGGGGAGAGCAGGAUACGAAAGAGGUUUUUACGUUGGAUUUGGGGGAGUUGAGGAUAAGGUUUCAGAAGAGGAAAUAAGAAAUCGAAGCUGAUUCGAGGGUAUGGUAUGGUAUGGUAUGGUAUGGUAUGGAUGUAGAGAGUCGAGAAGAUGAGGUGUAGAUUGUAUAUAUAUGGAGAGCUUAGUAUGCAAUAAGUUAUUCUAUGAUUCUUGGCGGAAGAUUUCCUGACGUCACUAAUUUAUUCUGCUGAUGGGACUUGAAUAUUGGAAUUUCUUUUCUCCUCUCAUCUGCUCGGGACA